AUGGCGAGUGAAAGAGACGCGGAAAAAAGAAAGUUUGAAGUGGCACCGUCUUCGUACAAGUCUGUGGUGUGGGACCAUUUUGGAUUUGCCGUUGACUACGAUGCAGACGGAAAAAGAAUUGUCAACAAACAGUCUACUGUGUGCAAGCAUUGCUAUGCAAGCGUCGGAUACGCAACAGGUAACACAACCAACAUGUUCUCCCACCUACGCCGCCAUCACCCGUCUGUUUCAAUUGGAAGAGCACGGAGCACAUCGGCGACAGCUAAUGUUAACCGGCCGCAACCGACAAUUGCUGCGUCGUUCCAACAGCAGUUUGCAACAAGCUCCGAUAAACACAAAACAAUAACAAAAGCAGUGGGCGUCUUCAUAUCAAAAGACAUGCAGCCCUAUUCAGUGGUCGAGGAUAGCGGAUUUCGCCACAUGAUGAAAACCAUCGAACCACGUUACCACGUACCCUCCCGCACCCAUUUCAGUGGUAAAGUGAUCCCAGAGCUGUAUGAAGCAUGCCGGGGGGAUAUUGCAAACGAACUGAAACAAGCACCCUACCUUGCUCUUUCCACCGACAGCUGGACCUCACGUGCAACCGUUAGCUACCUGACAGUGACCGUGCACUACAUAGUUGAUUGGAAAAUUAAGGCAUUCGUGCUACAGACUCAUCCGUUGUAUGAGAGCCAUACAAGUGAACACCUGGCGGAUGAAUUACUGCAUGCUGUUACCGAAUGGAAGCUGGAGAGAGCAAGUAUCCCCAUUCCUGUAACCACAGACAAUGCACAAAAUAUUGUGAAUGCUAUCCGUAAUACAGCUAGCUUUGGACCACACGUCGGCUGCUUUGCACACAGCCUAAAUCUCGCAGCUAAGAAAGUUGUCUCCCUCAACCCGGUGUCCCGUCUCCUCGGCAAGAUCAGAAAAGUGGUGACAUUUUUCCACAAAAGCACCACUGCCCACAAAGUUCUGGCGGAAAAACAGGUUAUGUUAAACAUACCACAACACCGAUUAAUUCAUGACGUCACGACCCGCUGGAAUACUGUACAUGACAUGCUGGAGCAACAACCAGCCAUUUACUCUGCAUUACUUGACAAGGCUGUGAAAAAGUCUGCAAAAGAUAUGUCAAUGCUGACUGACAGUGAACUGAAGCUGGCAGAGGAACUCAUCCAGCUGCUAAACCCACUUAAGAAGAUGACAACUUUGAUGAGCAGUGAAUCAACUCCCACCUCAUCCAUGAUUCUCCCUCUCAAAACAAUGACACUGAAAUCCAUGGCACCAGAUUCUCAGGACAGUCCAACCAUCCGGGACGCCAAGGCAGCAGUCACCAAGGACUUGGAGAAGAGGUAUACUGAUCCAGAUCUCCUGGACUUCCUGCACAGAGCCACAGUACUUGACCCAAGGUUCAAGUCAUUACCCAUUAUUGAUGAAGCCAUGUGUGACCAAGUCUACAAGGACCUCACAAGUGAAAUAAUGGAGCAUCAGUUUCAAGAAGGCCCAAGCAACGAGUAG